AUGGUCGUUGCUCAACACCUGUCCACUAUUGGUCUUGAUUUUGAUGAUCCAUCACUCUUCAGAUCUCUUGUUGGUGCUCUUCAAUACCUUACUAUCACUCGAUCGGAUAUCGCUCAUGCUGUUUCUGCUGUGAGUCAAUAUAUGCACAAGCUUUCAAUUUGUCAUUUUCAAGUUGUCAAACAAAUCCUACGCUACAUCAAGGGAACCUUGCAGUAUGGUCUUUCUUUCACUUCGUCCCCUUCCAGUACCAUCCUUGCGUAUUUGGAUGUUGAUUGGGCCGAUUGCCCUGAUACACGUCGAUCUAUUUCUGGAUAUGCUAUCCAUCUUGGUGAUAACCUUGUCUCCUGGAGUUCCAAGAAACAACCAAUGUGUCUCGUUUGA